AGCCGCUCUAGGCUUUUGGGAGGCCGUCUGCAUUGCGUGGGGAAGGCUUGGACGACGCAAUCGCCUCGCCGGCCCCCGGGGUGGUUAGCGCUUCCGGGGUCGAAGGGUGCGCGGGGUUGAAAGCAGGCCGCUCCGCCCCGUCCCCCUCCCAGACCAGCAGAGGCAGCAGCCGGAGCAGCCGCAGCCUGCGCCCUCUCCCGCCCGCCCGCCCUCCGCCCGCCCGCCCGCCCUCCGCCGCCCUCCACCCGCCCCGGGGUCUCUUUCCCCCUUCCUCCUCCUCCUCCUCCACCCCCCCCUUCCUCCUCCGCCCGCCCGCGGGGCCCCCCUCGCCUUCCCGCCCGCCCCUAUUGUUCCGCCCCCGGCCUCCCGCCCUUCCCCUUCCCGCCCGCUCCCCUUUUCCCCUCAGUCGCCUCGCGCCUGCAGUUUUUGGCUUUCACCCCCCACCAGUGACCAAAGACUUGACCACUCAAAGUCCAGCUCCCCAGAACACUGCUCGACAUGGACACCGGUGUGAUUGAAGGUGGAUUAAAUGUCACUCUCACCAUCCGGCUACUUAUGCAUGGAAAGGAAGUUGGCAGUAUCAUCGGAAAGAAAGGAGAAUCAGUUAAGAAGAUGCGCGAGGAGAGUGGUGCACGUAUCAACAUCUCAGAAGGGAAUUGUCCUGAGAGAAUUAUCACUUUGGCUGGACCCACUAAUGCCAUCUUCAAAGCCUUUGCUAUGAUCAUUGACAAACUGGAAGAGGACAUAAGCAGCUCUAUGACCAAUAGCACAGCUGCCAGUAGACCCCCGGUCACCCUGAGGCUGGUGGUCCCUGCUAGUCAGUGUGGCUCUCUCAUUGGAAAAGGUGGAUGCAAGAUCAAGGAAAUACGAGAGAGUACAGGGGCUCAGGUCCAGGUGGCAGGGGAUAUGCUACCCAACUCAACUGAGCGGGCCAUCACUAUUGCUGGCAUUCCACAAUCCAUCAUUGAGUGUGUCAAACAGAUCUGCGUGGUCAUGUUGGAGUCCCCCCCGAAGGGCGUGACCAUCCCGUACCGGCCCAAGCCGUCCAGCUCUCCGGUCAUCUUUGCAGGUGGUCAGGACAGGUACAGCACAGGCAGCGACAGUGCGAGCUUUCCCCACACCACCCCGUCCAUGUGCCUCAACCCUGACCUGGAGGGACCACCUCUAGAGGCCUAUACCAUUCAAGGACAGUAUGCCAUUCCACAGCCAGAUUUGACCAAGCUGCACCAGUUGGCAAUGCAACAGUCUCAUUUUCCCAUGACGCAUGGCAACACCGGAUUCAGUGGCAUUGAAUCCAGCUCUCCAGAGGUGAAAGGCUAUUGGGGUUUGGAUGCAUCUGCUCAGACUACUUCUCAUGAACUCACCAUUCCAAACGAUUUGAUUGGCUGCAUAAUCGGGCGUCAAGGCGCCAAAAUCAAUGAGAUCCGUCAGAUGUCUGGGGCGCAGAUCAAAAUUGCGAACCCAGUGGAAGGAUCUACUGAUAGGCAGGUUACCAUCACUGGAUCUGCUGCCAGCAUUAGCCUGGCUCAAUAUCUAAUCAAUGUCAGUUUAGAAAACGCUAAACCCUCCUCCCAGGCAGCCUCCGUCACGAUCCCUGAUCACCUCAGCAUCAACCUCUCUCAACCCUCCACCCCUUCUUCUUCUUCCUCCUCCACCACCACCCCCUCGCUCGCCACAGCGGGGACCUCCGACGCACCCUCCAGCCUCCCCAACCCUCUUCCGACCGCCCCUUGUGUCUCCAGUCUGCUUGGCAUGAAACCCAUCCCUCUCCUGGCUCUAAAUGUUGUGUCUGCUGCUAAGGGUACCGGGGCUUCAGCUACCACCACCACCACCUCUGCCGUGCCAUGUGUAACUAACAAACUGAAAGGCGAGAAACAGAGAUUCUCUCCCUACUGAUUGCAUAUCUUGAGGCACCUCCUCCAGUAUUAUUUUGUUCAUUUUGUUUUCCUUUGUUAACAUUGGUGAGAAUGAAACUAUUGUGAGCUUGUUACCGUUUCCUUUUUACUACUUUGGGGGAUAACUGGGUGGGGGUGGGGGAGUGGUAACCCUUGUUUAGGUUUAGGCCAUUUCAGCUGAGUGCCUGUUUCAGGGUCUGACUUGAAUUCUUUAUCUAGAGCCACAGUUUUCUCUUCUUUCUUGUUUGUUACUUUUCUUUGUAGCUUUAUUCUGCCUUGCAAUAUAACAAUGUGUUAGGCUCUGUGUUAAUGAAUAAAAGCUGCUUCGUUAACUUUUUUUUUUUUUUUUAAGAAUUAUUUAAUGGUUAAGCUAUCAGCAGGCCUUCUUGGCCAUAUUUGUGUUUCUAGCUGUAAUAAAGUUGGCGCAGUAAGAACCAUAGUACACUGUGUGCUGUGAAGGGUAAAGGGUUGGGGGCUUGUGACUUGUGGCUAUUCAGCUAGGAAGCCUGUAUAACUGACAUGGGCUUUUUGAAUCCCAAGUGAAUUUUAUAGUCGUUUGUCAAUAUUUCCACAAAGAGAUACGAGUCUGUGGCAGUUUAGAUCCUGAGGGUCCUCUGUAAUUGGCAACAAGCUUCACUAGUGAGGAAGUUUAUCUGACUUCUCAGAUGGCCUUACCUUGCCAGCAGCAGCUAACAAGGUGUUCAUCCCAGGAUUCCUCUGGUGAAUGGUUACCGUGAGGAUCUCUUCCAAGUCAUACAUUCAAAGAACUUACUUCUUUACCCAGAAUGAAGGGGAGGGGCAAAGUGGGAUAAGUCUAAUAAAAUUAGGCAGCUUCUGUCUGCAUUCCUCUGAAUUAGCAUUAUGCCUCUUUCUGUGACAUUAGGUAUAUCUCAGCCAACCCGUGACAUUAUCCACAACUUGACAUGAUGCCAUCCACUCGUCCUAAACCAACUCUGUCAACCAAGUUUCUUUACCCUUUUUUCUAUUCCUUGCCGUAUCCUUUCUGCUCCCCACCAGCACUAUCAUGAGUAGGAAGUGACAUGCUUAGAUUUGGAAGGAACCUUAAGGAUCUACUAAUCUGUAACACAUUGAUCACCUCAUUUUACAGAUUAAAAAAUAGAGGCCCUAAGAUAAUUUAAAUUCAUAGGUUAUGAGUGACUAGCCAGGACUAACAACUUAAGCUUUACUUUUACUCAAUCAUACUAACCUCCCUGAAAUCUUGUUCAUUUUCUUAUACUAAGAUGGGCACAGGCCUCUCAUAAAACAGUAGAAAUGUUCUUAGUAUGGUGGUAUAAGGCCUCUGAUAGCCUUCCAUUCAACGAGAGUACACGUUGCCACAGUGCUGAAAGUGUAAUGCUCUUCCCAGGGCAUUAGAGAACUCAGUGUAGAGAUACUUUCCCUGAUGACCUUUUCCCAGCAUCACCAUUGGCUGACAAAAAAAAAAGCUGUUAGUAUUCCAAUAUAUUAUCUCAUUCUUUGAUGUUAUUUUGGCCCCUCCAUCCCAGAUUGGGCCUGUGAAGAAGUGUUACACGUCUCAAGUAUGCAUAAAGGAUUAGAUGGCCAAACCUGUCCAGUUAGGAGUUUUAUUUAGUUGCUCCUUUAUCAUGUGGUCCAGCUCUCUCCCCUUGGUAAGCUCGCUCCUCCUGUAGUUAGGACUUAAUCAUGCUGAUACUAUCUCCCCCCAGGGAUGUGGUUUUAUCUAGUUCUUGAUUGGAAGGCCUC